GGUUUCACGGACCACCUUCGUAAGGCCCUCGCUGCUGCCAAUAUCACUACCUUCUUAGGAGCUGAAGAGGUUGAAACCGGAGAAGAUCUGAAACCAGAAUUGGUGAGAGCGAUUAGAGAAUCUAGGGCUUCUAUUAUCGUGUUGUCCCAGAACUAUCCUAAUUCGUCAUGGUGCCUUGAUGAAUUGGUACUCAUCCUUGAGCAACGGAGGAUAUCCAACCAAAUUGUUAUCCGGAUCUUUUAUCAUGUUGAGCCCUACCAUGUCAGGAAGCAACAAAGUAGCUUCGGUGAUGCAAUGGCUAAACAUAGACAAACUAUGGAGGCAGAGAGGAAUGCAGAUAAAAGAAGUCAUUUGGCUCAAAAGAUGGACCUAUGGAAUAAAGCACUCACAGAAGUUGCUAAUUUACAAGGGUGGGACGUAUAUGGCAGGCAAGAGGCUGAGUUUAUUGAAGAAAUUGUUAACGACAUCUACAAUAAAUUACAUAUAUCCUCAAGAAGUGCUUUGCCAGUACUUAUUGGGAUGGACUCUUUCAUUGAAUUCCUCACUUUGUGGUUGAAAGAUGCAUCACCAGAUACGACAAACAUACUCACUAUUUUGGGUAUGGGCGGGAUGGGGAAAACAUCUUUAGCCAAAUAUGUCUAUGGGUUACAUUCUCAUAAUUUCUACACAAGCAGCUUUAUUGAAAACAUUAGAAGGAGAUCCGAUAGCAAAUUUAAUGGGUUGCUUGAUUUACAAAAACAACUCUGUGAGGACAUAUCAAAACCAAGUUUAUUACGAGUUCAUGAUGCUUCUGUAUACACCUCAAAUAUAGAGAAUGUGGUAGCUAGCAAAAAGGUGUUUCUAGUUCUUGAUGAUAUUGAUCGUCUCAACCAGUUGGAUGCAUUACUUGGAAGCAAAGGUUUUCAUCCAGAAAGCAAAAUCAUUAUAACAACAAAGGAUGCAUCGUUGAUAGAUAGUUGUUCGCUCUUCAAAACCAAAUUCAAACCCAAGCAUACAAAUUACUUGCUUCAAGGCUUAGACAAGACUGAAUCACAACAACUUUUGUUUUCUCAUGCAUUCAUGUCCAAAGAUCCCAAGGCAGGUUAUGAAGAGGUGUCAGAGAAGCUUGUGAAGUAUUGUGAAGGACAUCCCUUGGCUCUUGAAGUUUUGGGUAAGUCUCUACAUAACAAAAGUGUAGCUUAUUGGGAAGAGGUCAUCAAGGGGCUAGAGAAAGGAAUCCAAGUUUCCGGUAUAAAUAAUGUCUUGAGAGAGAGCUUUGACUCUUUGCCAUACGAAGAUGAUAAGGAAUUGUUUAAGCAUAUUGCUUGCUUUUUUGUUGGAAUGGACAGAGGCGUUGUUGAAACCAUAUUAAACACAUGCGGUAUAAACACAAGCAUUGCAUUUACAAAUCUCAUUGACAGAUGCCUUCUUAGUAUCGGACGGAAUAACAAAUUGAUGAUGCACCGGUUGCUUGAAGUGAUGGGAAGAUUUAUAGUACGUGAAGAAUCACCUAAUAAGCCAUGGAAGCGAACUCGAUUAUGGUAUCCUGAGGAGUCGUUCAAAGUAUUGAAAGAAGGAAAUGGUAUGAGAAAUAUUCUAGGGUUCACCUUUGACACGAGAAUGCUUGAGAAUGAGAAGGUACGUGAAGCAUUUGAAUUGAACACAGAUGCAUUGAGUAAGAUGGAUGAGUUGAUGCUGCUGCAACUUAAUUAUGUGAAAAUGAAUGGGUCUUACAAGAACUUUCCAGAAAAAUUAAGAUGGUUAUGUAUGCAUGGUUUUCUUUUGAAGUCUAUACCUUUAGACUUACCUAUGGAGAAUCUGGUUGCUCUGGACAUGUCAUAUAGCAAUGUUGAAUCAUUUGACGUUUAUUAUAGUAAUCAACUACCACCUCAGAGGAGACAAAAGCAGUUGACGCAAUCAUUCUCAAAAGACAAAAGGUUGCUUGGAUCAUUGAAGAUUUUAAACCUAAGUUUUUGUCAACAACUUCGUAGUCUGGGUGGCUUUGAUGAACUGCCUGUACUUGAGAGGUUAAUAGUUACGAAUUGCAUUAAUUUGCUUGAGGUUUCUGAAUCAAUUGAGCAAUGUAUUCAACUUUUCCUCAUUGAUCUGAGAUACUGCAACAAGCUCGAAAAACUUCCUAGCACCAUAAAGAAGGUUAAAACACUAUUGCUAGAUGGUUGUACUCUCGGUGAAUCUCUAGUUGAUAUUGACAUGGACACAAAAAUCUCUUUCUCCCCUAUUCCAAAGACUAUACCAGAUGAUAUGAAGUUCCUUGAGAUUUCUUUACCAAGCUCUUUAGUCAGGUUAUCAUUAGGAAAUAAUAAUUUGUCAACCGAAUCCUUUCCCAUGGACUUCAGAUGCCUAUCCAUGUUAAGGGAUUUAUAUUUAGAUGACAAUCUUAUCAUUUCCCUGCCCAAUUGUGUAAAAAGCCUUCCUAGACUUGAGAUACUUAGUAUGAGAAACUGUAAGAUGUUGACAUUAGUUGAGAAUCCUCCACAUACACUAACACAUUUGAACCUCAUUUCGGAUUAUAAGCCUUUGCUACAAAAAGUUGUAUUUGAUCCAGAUAUGUCCCCACUCAAUUUCAUAGUAAACUGGGAAUUGUCAGCACCUUCGUCGUUUGAAUUUGAAGGCAUGGUCAAAAUCCAACCAAUUGCAGGUGUUGAGGAAAAAGUAUUGCUUACUUUGGGCUGGACUGAGGUAGACUUUCUUAACUUGAAUAAAGGAACAGAGGAAUCUAAAAUCCAGAUGUAUUAUGAAUUUGGAAUAUUCAGCACAAUUUAUGGAGGUGAAGAGAUGCCAAAUUGGAUUACAAAUACAAGCAAUUUGCGAUCUAUAUCAUUUACCAUCCCAUCAUCUCCCAACAACCUCAAAGGGUUGAAUUUCUGUUAUGUGCAGAAGUUUCGAUUUCGAUAUGAAUGUUUUGAUUUGCCAAAGAUCAUAAUUUGUAAUAAAACAAAGAACCUCACCUGGAUAUACAAGCAUUGCACUGAUGUUGUUACAAUAGGUGGAUAUUGGGUAACAUUUUUAAGCCAUUGGAUGUUUGGGAUGAAUGAGAUGGAAGAUGGUGAUGAUGUUACGAUUACUGUAAGAGAGAACCUUGGACAAGUCAUGAAGUGUGGGAUUAGUUUUGUGUAUGAUGAUGGAAAGACGGAAGAAGAAGAAGAUGUGUUGGGUUAUUAUAAGUCAUGGAAUCAUAUUAUUGGUGGAGAUCUCAAUGGAUUUCAGUUAACAACAGGAGAAUACCUCCUGUAUAUCAAGCAAUUUAUGCGGAAUAUCAAUUCAAUAGAAUUUUCUCCACACUUUGUUAGAUGCGGCAUUGCAGAAGGUGCCAGCUUUAAAGAACGGAAAGUGUGGUUUAGAGCUUUAUCCCAAAGAAAGUCCAGCGUACUUGUCUCGCACAUGAGAUUUGGAGGGAUGAUUGAUCAAAGGCGUUCGUUCAUAUAAUAAGAGAGUUCGUUCAUAUGAUAAGAGAGCCUGAGAGGUUGUUUGGUAACACCUAAAUGAUUCAAGAGACAUUGAAUGAUUCAUGUUUGGUAAGGUUGCCUAAUGGAUGUGCUGGGUGAUUUUUUUAUUUUAUUAUAUCAUUUUAUCCUUCUAACCAAAACAACUUCAAAUGAAUAUGAUACAAUCUUAUAAAAAGCACAUUUUCUGUAAAAUUUGUAAAUUAUAAUUUAUUUUUCUUUCUGUUACAGCAAUAAACUUUUAGUUAUAACAUUGAACUAUCAAUUAUUAUUUUCU